ACAACAUGUGUUUGAGUUUUCCAAGGUAUCGCAACGUGUUCGUUCGUUUCUCAAUUCUCAGCUCUGGUGGAUAAUCAAAAAGGGUGGCUGCAAUCGUAAAAAAAACGGCAAGUGAAUUGGUUGAUAGCGCGGCGUGUAGCAAAUUUCCACAAAAAUUUGUGUACUUAUUUUUCUGCAAAAGCCAAACAAAAGCAUUUCACUUGUAAAAUCAAUUAGCUUUUACAAAUACGCAGAAAACGCAUUGCAAUAAAUUUUUAUUUUACGGAAUGGAAACAAAUGAGUCGCAUACAGUGCAUACAGAUUACAACAACAAAAAAGUAAAUUCCCAAGCAAAUGAAAAAGGUGGUGUAAAUGUAAAGUGAAAGAAUAUAACAAAAAGCAAAGUAAAAGCAGUGAAGAUUUUGUGUGGCUGGUUUCUUCAAUGUUUUCCGCCCCCCUUACUUUUUAUUGGUGUUUGUAAAAUAGUUGUCGAUAUUAAUGUGGUAUAAAUUAUUAAGAUUAAUUAACAUGCUAACAAAUUAACUUACCAAGUCAAUCGUGCAGCAAUAUAUGUUUAAUUAAGCUUGUGAAAAAGUAAAGUAAACUACAGACGAAACGGUUGUUUAUUCGCAAAUAAAAAAAUAUAAGAAGCAUUAAACGCAUACAAAACAGUAAGUCGAAAAAAAAAUAUUAUAGCGGUAGAACAAAACAGUGAAUAUGCGCUAGUGGAACGUGUCUAUUACUGCUGUUGCUAUCACGAAUCAUUUUUGCUUACCUGCACGCCGUCAAACAACUGCCCCUAACUUUUUUUAAACAGACAUUUAUUUACUUGCCGUACCUUGAAACUUGGAACGCUUGUCAUUUGUCCUCAUCUUGAACAGCACAAUAUUCGCAAAUCCGAAUAUACUUUCAUAUGUAUGUUAAAUAUAUGCGUUUAUGCGCUUGAAUAACUGCAAAAAGUUGAAGAAAUUGCUGUAAAUAUUUAAACAACCAUCUCUAUAAGGAAGUUUAUAAAACACAUCCGGUUAAUUUGAAAUCAGUGCAUGAAAAGGUUAGAAUGCCUGUUCUCUGUUUCGAAAAAAUUGCAAGUGGAGUUUUUUAAGCUUUUAAUCAACGCUUAAGAAAUUUGGAAACGUUAUCGCUCUACGUUUAAUAGUUCGUAGAAAUAAUCUUAUGAUCUUAAAUAAAAUAUAAUAAAAAAUAGACAGUGUGUUUUAGAAGUGUUUAUUCGUGUAAAUGUCAGUUUAAAAGUGUUAUAAAAAUUAUUAAAAAAAUAUCAAUUUUAAGAAAAGUAGUCAUUGCACGUAUUGCAAUUGUAAAUAAUAAGUAAUACGAAAAGAAAGUAAAAUCUCACACAAAUAAAUAUUAAUAAAAAUUUAAUCAUCUAAAAAUCCAUUUAACAUAUUUGAGCAACCAAUUGCCGGUUCGUGCGUGUUUACUUUUACUGUUGUUUUGUGAAAUUUCAAUUCUUUUGUAUGGCAAAUUGUUGAAUGGCGGCCACUGUUGGCCCCAAAAGGCACACCGUGAACGGAAUAAGAGCCAAUCUCAAUCCCAAUCCCAAUCCCAAUCAUAGUCAUAAUCACAACAACAGCGGUCAUAUAAAUAGUCAUCAAAGCAGUUCAAACGUUAACAACUGCUUUAGUAAUACCUCCAAUACACAACAGUUUGGUCAUAGAGCAGUAGUGCCCGUUGUUGCUCCUACGUCGCGUUCUCGUCCGCGUAUUUCAAUGAGCGUAUCAAUGUCACUCGUACAAGGAGGAGCUGCUGGCGGUGCCCCACAAGGUGCCAUUUUAGCUGCUGCAGCACCAUAUUAUCAACCGCCAGCUGUUCCACAGGAUGUACAGCCGGAUCGUCCCAUUGGUUAUGGCGCCUUCGGAGUAGUAUGGGCAGUCACAGAUCCACGCGAUGGACGGCGUGUCGCACUCAAAAAGCUUCCAAACGUCUUUCAGUCGCUGGUCUCAUCGAAACGAGUUUUCCGUGAAUUGAAAAUGCUCUGCUUUUUCAAGCAUGAAAAUGUACUCUCAGCAUUGGACAUUUUACAACCACCUCAUUUGGAUUUCUUCCAAGAAAUAUAUGUGAUAACCGAACUUCUACAGUCAGAUCUCCAUAAGAUAAUCGUCUCACCACAACAUCUCUCCGCCGAUCACAUUAAAGUGUUCCUCUACCAAAUAUUGCGCGGUCUCAAGUAUCUGCAUUCGGCGCGCAUACUCCAUCGUGACAUCAAGCCCGGCAAUCUGCUGGUCAAUUCGAAUUGUGUGCUGAAAAUUUGUGAUUUCGGUUUGGCGCGUGUCGAAGAGCCCGAUCAGGCCAAACAUAUGACACAAGAGGUCGUCACACAAUAUUAUCGUGCACCGGAAAUUUUAAUGGGCGCACGUCAUUACUCAUCGGCGGUGGAUGUUUGGUCGGUAGGUUGCAUUUUCGGCGAACUGCUCGGUCGUCGCAUUCUCUUUCAGGCACAGAAUCCCGUACAACAGCUGGAGCUGAUUACCGAGCUGUUGGGCACACCAUCCAUGGAGGAUAUGCGUCACGCCUGCGAUGGCGCUCGCUCACAUAUGCUGCGUCGCGCACCCAAGCUGCCAUCAUUUUCGGCGUUGUACACGCUCAGUUCGCAUGCGACGCACGAGGCGGUGCAUCUGCUUUGUCAAAUGCUUGUUUUCGAUCCGGAUAAGCGCAUUACAGUGACGGAUGCUCUGGCGCAUCCCUAUCUGGACGAGGGUCGUCUACGCUACCACUCGUGCAUGUGCAAAUGCUGUUUCACUACCUCGGCCGGCAUGCGUCAAUAUACGCCCGAUUUUGAGCCAUCAGCUGGUCAGCCAUUCGAUGAUUUGUGGGAACGUAAAUUGACAUCGGUGCAGCAAGUUAAAGAGGAAAUGCACAAAUUCAUAGCGGAGCAACUGCAAACGGGACGCGUGCCACUUUGUAUAAAUCCGCAAAGUGCGGCAUUCAAAAGUUUUGCUAGUUCAACUGUAGCGCAUCCUUCCGAAUUGCCCAUCGCCGCACCAAUGGGAAUGACGGCAAAAUGAGGCCAUAGCCGCCUAAAAGUAGAUACUAAUUAACUACAAAUAAUAUAAUAAAAUACAACAACAACAAAAAUAACAACAAUACCACCCAUCUUAACCAAAUUCUUUUCAUUUAAAUUAAAUUAAUGUAAACAAAAGCAACAACAAAAGCAAACACAAAGUAUGCAAACUGCAAAAAUUAAGGAUAGCAAAUAAGGCUGAGGCAGCAGCGGAUGCAGAUGGAACAACAAAAAUACCGUAAGAUUGAUUAGAGCGAGGUAUGCAGCAGAAGCAGCAAGAGCAACAGAGAACCAGAGAGUGACAGCGACAAAUAUAAUUAUAAUUAAAAUAAAAUCAUGUUAAUAGACUCGUAAUAUUUAAGGAUAAAGCAACGAUUUUAAUUUUUAAGUUGAAUGUGAGCCAGCAAGCGAAGCGUGCGCAAGUUGUGAAAUGCAACUAAGAAGGAUGCCACACUUUUUGGCAAGUGCUGCAAAGCUGAAAAUUACAAGCGAGGCGUGGAGGGGAGGAAAAAACGGAAUUGGAAAUAUAAAUGUAAAUUAAAUGGAAUGUCUAAGAGGCAGCAUGAUAAAUUAGAAGAAGAACAAGAAUAAAAGAGAAGAAAAACACACUAAUCAUUCCAUCACCACCGAAUAAACACAAAAUAAAGGAGACGAAGUUCAACGAGUAACGGGACAAGACGAGUGAACGGAACAUUUAGAGCAACACUAGUCGUCAGAGAAGGUAGCAGGAAUAAUAAAGAAACUAUAUAAAAUGUAACAACAACAUUUGAAGCAAACGACCGAGCAGUACGUAAAGCUCCGCCAAAGUUAGUGGAAGCACGAAGGAGUCGCUAGCAGUUAAAAGGCUGUAUAACAUGAAAAUGCAGUUAAACCGAUAGACGCCGACAAAUAUUGCAGCGUCGAAGAAAAGCGUAGACAAACUUGAGGCAGAUGUAGGCAAAACUUGCGAUCUGCGAGAGCCAAGCACGAAGCAAAACGACUACAAGACGAUAAAGAAUAUAAAAAUCGAAUUGCAAAAUUCAAAGCUGAUAAGAUUAAAAAGUGUUAAAUUGUAAAAAUUAAAUGUGUGUGUAAAACAAGCAAAAGGAAGAGGCAAAGAGAAAAGAAGACAGUGUAAAAUAAAAUAUAUAUACAAACAUAUGUAAAAUGUAACAAAAGAACAAAACAAAAAAACUUCUUAAAACAUCUUAACAAAAAGUAUUCACAACAAAACGCAUAUACAUACAUAACUAGAAGUGGUCGCUGGAACCAAAGGACCAAUUAAUAAUCAAAUAAUAAAAUAAUAAAUGGUGUAAGCAACAAUAACAAAUAUGCGUAUAUACAUAGCAGCAUGUAUAGCAAGAGUGACGAAGCAACAAGAAAGUAAGAAGCAAAAAAAAUUAUAUAUAAAACAAAAUUCAAAAGAAAUUAAUGAAACAAAGCAAAGCAAGAAAUAUUUCUCAAUGUCCGUAACGAAAAGUAGUGUAUGUAUGUAUUAUUAUGUACCAGCAAUUAUUAUUAUAUAAACUAUUACAUAUUUAACAAUGUAACGACUACAAUUACACUUACGACUAUGCAUAUUAAAUAGUAGUUAUAAUUAAUGAACGUAAUUAAUUAAUUAAUUAAUGUAAUUUGUUUGCCAAAUUUACCUCAAAACAAAAAAGUAAAACACUUUUUUUUAAAUACUAUAAAUAAAAUAAAUAAAAAAGUAAAUAAUGUAAAGCAUAAACACAAACACACGCAUACAAAUACAUAUAUAUAUAUAGGUAUAUUUGUGUAUGUAGUGUGUCGCACACACACACACACACACAAGCAUGCAUUUUCAGUAAUUUACGUCGGAAUUUAAGACACGCCAAGGCGAUACAUGCGGCUUAAGACAUAAUUGCAAUAGAGUUUGAACAGAAGAGAGUUUAGCAUCGCUUAUAGAUAUUGUAUGUGUGUAAUGUAUUUUUGUCGAAACAUUCGAUUAUUUUGCGCUAUGAUGAAGUGAUUUGCUUGUUAGCGGUGUAGUACGUCGGUUUAAAGUCAAAGAAACAGCGUAAAAUAUAAAUACAAAAUUAUAAAAGUGUGUGUAUGUUAAUUUGUAGCAGAAGUAAAUAAACAAAAAAUGGUGCAAAAGUUGAGCGCAAAUAUAAUACUUUGGUUUCAGAUUAAAACAAAUUAAAUUAUUGCAAAAGCUUUAUGUUAAAUGCUUUAUUUAUUAAAACUAAAAAAUAAAUUUUACAUGUUAAAAAAUAAAAACAAAAAUUAACAGCCAUUAUUGACAAAGUAAAGAUACUUUGCAAAUUCUCAAAAAUAAUUUUUUGGUGAUCAAUAAUAAAUUUAUAAUAUUAUAUUGAUAAACCAAACAAUAUAAAAAAAUUAAAAAUAAAAGCAAACCCCUAAUUUAACAGGCAUUAUUGACCACCUAACGUUUGUUUGCGAAUUAUCAAAAACUACAUUUUGGUAAACAAUAUUAAAAUAAUUUUUUUUUUCUUUAAAAAUUUUGUCACUCAUUUUACUUACUAUAAAUAUGUUUACUAAAGAUAUUAACGAAUAAUUUGCUUAUCUAUAUUUUUGUAAAUGGAAAUUAUACAUAAGUUCAAUAUAUUCUUAUAAAAUUGCAUAAACUAAAACAUUUCUUGUUGUUUAGUGCUGAAAUAUAACUUUUAAAUUUAAUAUUUUGUAUUUUCCACUUUUUUCAAUGCAAAGUUAUUUUUCACUGUUUCGUUCAAAGUUGUAAACAAAAAAAUGUUAUGCAAAAAAUAAAAAGAUAAAUUGUAUGUAAUUUUAGCUUUAAAUUUUUAUUUUAUCUUUUCAUUAUUAAUCGUUACACAACUAUAUAAUAAAUAGUGCAAUUGGCUUGUUAAAAAUAUAUUUAAAAAUUUAAUUAAAUACGUCGGCUACUACUUUUUAGAAAAUAUUAUCACUUGCAAAAUUUUUCGCCAAUAGUUGUAAAUUUUUAAUAAUUAACAGCAAUAUAAUAAGCAGCGCCUGGUGCUGGUUAAAAAAUUUAGUUAAAAAAAUUAAGACACUUAAGCCUUUGCGGCUGCGAGUUUUUUUUUUUUAAUACAAUUGUAAAAUAUUGCAAAAAAUUUAGCGAUUGCACAAUUUUUAUUGCUACAGAGCACACUUAUUUUUGCCAUUCUUUUUAAUACUGAUAAAAAUGUUUAAUAAUUUCCAUGUACAUUAACAGCAAUGGUCUUAUAUAAAAAUUCACAACAAUUUUUUUUUUAAUUAUAAAAUUUCUUUAAGAAAGUUUUUAAAUAAAUUUAAAUGUUAGAAACUUAUUAAAAAAUAGAAUUAAUUUUUAAAUAAAACUAAUCAACAUUAAUUUUUAUACACCGGAAAAAAAAUAUUAAUAUAAAACCAAAUUUUUCGUUUUAAUUAUAAAAUGGAAAGUCCAGAAAAUAUAAAAUUUCAUUGUUUCUAAUUUUUUUUAAUAAAACUAAUGAACAUAAAUUUUCAUACACCCAAAAAAAAUGUGUAAUAUAACAUAUAAUUUUUUCGCAAAUUUUUUAAUAAUUCCUAAAAUAUUCAAUUCGACAAAAACACCGCCAACAAUUUUUUUUUUUUUAUUUAUUUCACAUAGAUUAGCUGCAAACCUUUAACAUUUUCCAGUUGUAAAAUAUGCUGCCGAAAAUUGCUUACACACUCCGUUUUGUGCGCACCAAUAUUUUUUUUAUUUAUUCAAAAUUAGAAUUGUAAAAUUGUAUAACACACACAUGCAUACAUACAUAUAUACAAACAUGACCAUGUACAAGUUUAUAUACAAUUGUAGGUUAUGUGCACGUAUGUAUCCGCUUUAAGUGUGUUUUAUAUGCAAAUGACUCAAAGCAAGCAAAAAUUAAAUAGUAAAAUAGCAUAAGUUGAAAAUGCAAAAUUUGUGAAAAUGUGCAAAAUACAAAAUGACAUGCUUAGAUGUAACAAAGGUGCACUGAAUACACAAAAAUUUAUCAGAAAUUUGUAAUUUUCGCUUUGUAUUUGUAGUGUUUUUUAGCGGAAGACAGACACACACACGCACUUGCGCACCAAAUGUUUUAUGGAAAAUUGUAAAGUUUCAAUGUGUGCUUACUACAAGACUAUAGCUACAACAAAAACAAAUACAUGACGUGUUAAUAGCUAUGCCGUUAGUAAAAUUAAAAUUUAUUCAAGGCGCCUGCGCAGAAGCAACGCAGUUAUGUCAUCAUUUUUUUUUUAAUAUUUAAUUUAAAAUUAGCAUAAGUUUUUGCUACACUACUUACUAAAUGUGCGUAUUUAAUUGUAGUGGCAUAUGUAUAUACAUAUAUAGUUACAUAUAUACAUACAUAUAUAUAUUUUUGUAUGAAUUACUUAAUGACUUUAUAAAAUAAGAAAACAAAAAAAAAAUCAUUAAUUAAUGUAAUAAUUAAUUGAUUACAAUUUGAGCCUGUGGACUGAUUUCAAAUAAUAAUAAAUUUUAAUUUUA